GUCUGCACCACCCGUCCAGAUUCAUGUCUGUGUCGAGAACGCAACUUUCGAAAGGGCACACAGGAGAUAAUAUACCCAGUAAGUGAUAAUCUCGUCACCUUUUCAUGGCGAAUUAGACAGUCUUUGGGAUGUUUUUUUCAGCUCAACGUCCCGUUCCAAUGCCUAGGUCCGCACUUACACACGGCCUAAACGCCCUGUCCUGCCCAGCAUGGAGGAUGCAGUAAGAAAACCCGACAACCUUUCCACGCUUCUUGACAAGAGGCGCCCGUCUCUGGUGCCGCCGAGUUGGGAAGAUACCGUGCGAGUCAUCGGCAUGGCGGAGUGCAAGGAGGCCGGCUUGUCGCUGGCACAUGCCUUUGCUGCGGAUCACCUUAGCCAGUACCUCCUCGACGCCGACGACAUGGCUGCUUACCCGCCCGAGCGGAAGUGGAAGCUUCACGUCGACAUCAUGACGUACAUCACCGCCUCUCAUUGUUGUGCCGGAAUCGCCACCACCAUCGGACCUGACCACGAUUCCAUCGCCCUAUGGCUUCCUCCGGGGGGAGACAUGGAUGAUUGGUGGACGUUUCUGAGAAGCGGCACGUGGCGUCUAUACUACCAGUUCACGGCUCAGGGGAGACAGCGCUACUACGGCGAGUUUUUGCCCUUGCUGCACGACACCAAGCACGAGGUCAUGGGCGAGCGUGACAACGAUUGCUACUACCUCGUGUACAUUGGGACCAAGCCGAACGCCCGCGGCAAGGGCUACGCGAGCAAGCUCAUCCAGGACAUGAUCACGAGGGCCGACGCGGAAAACCGUGCCAUGUACCUCGAGUCGUGUUCCGAAGCCCACAACGCCUACUACGCCAAGUUCGGCUUCGAGUUCAAGAAAAACAUCCACUUCGGCGGAGGCAGCACCCCCGUGACGCUCUCCAUCAUGGUCCGCGAGCCCCAACCGCCUCGGAAUGUCGUGUACACCGCCGCCGUGAAGGUCCAGAUUAACAGCGUCAACAAAGAGGGCGCUAGACUGGCUUGAAGGAGACGUCUUGCGGCUUUGGAUCGCUCCGACUCUAGUUGGGUGUGAUUCGGCUGCUUGGCUCUCGUUUUGUCAUCCUGCUUGUGUGUCCCUGUUAUCCAAUGUGCUCUUCCCCCCUGAGAUUGGCCCCCCCAAGAGACAGAGAAAGGAGGGACAUGUCCGUGUGUUUCUCACCCACCGUCUUUACCUAGAUCGUUGACAUCACCUUGCUUCAACAAAUUGCUUUUUGUUUGUUUCUGUGGUCCGAACACCAUCUCGCCCAGAAGUCGGUCCUUACCUCUAGAUACGCUUGCAAAAAAGGGGACCGACCACUCAUUUAAAUUGAUAUGUCCCGCAUAGCAGAAUUCUACCGAGCCUUUUCGUGCCAUGUUUAGCAGAUAACAUGAUUUCCAUACGCCAGCCAGU